GUCACAUUUGUGCUGUGGAUCCACUUGACCUUUGAACUCCCAGUAACUGAUGCUGAGAGGUGGGCUUUGGCACGCGAGCUCCUGCGCGGACCUGUACUCUUUUUUUUCUGCCUGUCCUUCUGUCGGCGACCAGUUGGCACCACACACACCCACCACCACCACCACCACCCACACCCACACCUCCACCUACACCUACACUUACACGCACACCCAAACCCGCACGCGCACGGAGAGGAACGCUCGCGGAGGCGGGACGUGCAAACAGGAGGUCGGUAGAUGAGCGGCUGCUGCGACGCACGCACCGAUCCUACCGGAUCGGCGGUUCCGGUCAAAUCUGAGGAGAACCAUGAAGUCCAGGAGUCAGGACCAGAGCUUGUCUGACUCCAGGGAACUGGACCGAUCUUACGACCCGCUAACAGGAAAUCCUCCAUCCAAACCCAAUAAAAAGACCGUAAAGCAGCGGCUCCUCAAACUUCUCCCCUGCUUCCGCUCCGGCUCCAGCUCCUCAGUGGCUCAAAGUAGCACAGCCGAUGAUGAGGAACUGUCGGCGGUGCGUUACCGACCAGAGGGGCUCGACCCCCUCGUGCAAAAGACCAACUUCAGCAGGAGGGAGCUGCAGGUCCUCUACCGGGGAUUCAAGAAUGAGUGUCCCAGCGGUGUGGUGAACGAGGAGACUUUUAAAAGCAUCUACUCCCAGUUCUUUCCUCAUGGAGAUUCAAGUAUGUAUGCACAUUUCCUCUUUGAAGCAUUUGACACCCGAAACAAUGGCUCGGUCACCUUCGAGGACUUUGUCGUAAGUUUGUCCAUCAUCUUGAGAGGCUCCAUAACCGAUAAACUCAACUGGGCCUUCAACCUGUACGACCUUAACAAAGACGGCUGCGUCACCAGAGAGGAGAUGACGGAAAUCAUGCACUCCAUCUACGACAUGAUGGGGAAGUAUACGUACCCGUGCAUGGAGGACAAUGCUCCAAAGGAGCACGUGGACAACUUCUUCCAGAAAAUGGACAAGAACAACGACGGAGUUGUCACCAUCGAGGAGUUCUUGGAGACAUGCCAAAAGGAUGAGAGCAUCAUGCAGUCCAUGCACAUGUUUGAUAGCGUGAUCUAAACCUCGGUGGACACGGAUAUUUAAAUGUCUGCCGCCUGCCUGGAGCAGCGAGGGUGGACGGGGAUUCUGCGCCCUGACCGGAGAGGAGCAGGAUGCAAACAGCCUAAAGAUAUCCAGCCCUUCUUGUAAAAUGCUUUUAUUUUAUUAAGACUGUUUAGAACUCAACAGGUGGAUUUAUGGUUUAGAUCUUCUGCAAAAAACAAUUUGAAGAAUCUAGUUAAUGCUGUUGAAAAUAAGCUUUGGUGAACAGCAGAAACCAACUGUUGUGACCUCAACGUAUAACUUUGUCUGUUGCAUGAAUGAACGUGCAGACACAUGAAACCAACUGAACAACGCUCAUAAAGUUGGAGCGUUUCACUCGUUGCAGUGAAGGACGGCCGAAAUGAAAGGACCAAGUUUGAACCGAAGCAAUAAUCUUAAACAGGUUUUCAAUUUUGUCCUCAUGGAGCCCACCAGUAUACAUAUACUACAAUAUGUUGUGUCUGCAUGAUGUGUCCGUUUUGCCACUGAAAUAUUUAAGUGUUGAUAUAUUUUCUACAUGGACGUGGCAACAACAGCGAUGAAGUUGAAUAAAAGAACACAACUGCUAUGCAAAAGUGUGAAUAUUACGUCCAGUAAUUGACGGUCCUUAAAGUUCUUUGUUGCAGGUUUUCAGAAGUCAUCUAAAUAAAAUUCUCUCUUUUGCAAAAUGUCAUGAAGCAAAAGACUGAGAUGGAAAGG